GCGCAGUCGCGGUCGGGCGGAGAGGAGGAGGGCUCGGUGGAGGGCACUGGUGAGGCCCGCCCACGUCCAGGGACCGACAGGGAGACCGGCGGGGAGACCGGCCGCUAGCGCGCGCACAGACCCCUACCUCGUGUGGCUCAUGGACUCUGGGCGCUCCCGCUCCCACUUCCAGUCGGACCUGGACUUCUGUCCGGACUGCGGCUCCAUCCUGCCCCUGCCCGGGGUUGAGGACACGGUCACCUGUAUCCGCUGUGGCUUUUCCGUCGACGUGCGAGACUUCGAGCAGAAGGUGGUCAGGACCACGUUUGUGUUCCACAAGGUGGGGACGGCGGUGCCCGUGGCGGCGGACGAGGGGCCUGAGUUCCAGGGGCCCGUGGUGGACCGGCGCUGCUCGCGAUGCGGCCACGAGGGAAUGGCCUACCACACCCGGCAGAUGCGCUCAGCCGACGAAGGGCAGACCGUCUUCUACACCUGCACCAGCUGCAGGUUUCAGGAGAAAGAAGACUCUUGAUUUUUUUUUCUGGGCGACUCAGCGAUCCCUCCCUCUUCUCUUCCUUGGAAGGUGACGGAUAUUGGGUUCUUAGAUCCCUUGUCCAUCCUAGGUGCAAUGGUUUGCUCCCAUAGGACAUUAUUAUGUGUCAUUGUCCCCAGAGUACACUUACUCUAUUUUUCCUUAUUAAAGUUAUAUUUUUUUAUAUAA